AUGGUACGAGGUAUUGUAUCUGGAAGAUUAGCCCUUGUUACAGGUGCUGGUUCUGGUAUAGGUAGAGCUGCCUGCCAAGUUUUAUCAAGAGAGGGAGCUACAGUUAUUGCUGCAGACAAGAACUAUGAUGCCGCAUUGGAAACUAUACAAAAACAUACUGCCUUGGCAUCAGGUUCUAAUGAUGCGGGUGACCAUAUUGCUAUGGAACUGGAUGUAGCUGACGCAAAGUCUGUACAAAACCUUCUUAAAAAUGUAAUAGCACAGUAUAAAAAUCCACCAAAAAUAGUUGUAAACUCUGCUGGAAUCACAAGAGAUAAUUGGUUACUUAAAUUAUCGGAAGAAGACUAUGAUAGUGUACUUAAUAUUAAUUUGAAGGGAACUUUCCUCGUAAUGCAAACAUUUGCAAAGGCAAUGACAGAAACAUCAACCCCAGGCUCUAUAAUAAAUAUAUCAAGCAUAGUGGGAAAAUAUGGGAAUAUUGGUCAAAGUAAUUAUUCAGCAAGUAAAGCAGGAGUGGUGGCAAUGACACAAACUGCGGCUAAAGAAUUAGGGAAGUUUAAUAUAAGAGUAAACGCGAUUCUACCAGGAUUUAUUGACACACCUAUUAUAAAAACAGUUCCUGAUAAAGUGAAGGAACAUAUGCUUAAAUUAGUACCAUUGGGAAGGCUCGGUGAACCCGCUGAGGUUGCUGAGGUUAUCACAUUUUUAAGUUCAGAUAAAAGUUCCUUCAUUACCGGUGCAGCUAUUGAUGUCUCCGGUGGAUUU